AUGACGCCCGCCUGGCUAGAAGAGCCCCAGCAUGGGAGCAACUCGCGCAGGAGCAGCGCGAACCCCUUCACAGCGGACUACACAAUCGACCAGACCCUGCAUGGGCUGUCACAUACGGAUCGUCGCCGCUCGAGUUCACACACUGACCGCCGCCGCUCGAGGCGGCUGACGAUAGAGAUUCCGCCAGAUUUUGUCCGCCUCGAUACCAUUCCCGCAACACCGGGGCCGUCGGAGAGCACGUUCAAGCUCGACACGCCAUUAGGGAAGGAGUCGAGGAUAGACUUUGAGCCAGUGGCCCUCCUGUCGGGCCCCACGCUUCCUUUGCCAAGCCACUCCUACAACAAGAAGAGGCCGGGUUGGUUCAAUCGAAGAUGGAGUGACCUCGUCGUUUUUGGCAAGUUCGUUGGGCCAGGGUUCAUGAUUGCCGUCACAUACAUUGAUCCCGGAAACUACGCAACCGACAUCUCAGCCGGAGCAUCCUACCACUUUGAUCUCUUGUUCAUCGUCCUCGUGAGCAACCUUAUUGCCAUCUUUCUCCAGAGUCUCGCCAUCAAACUCGGCACCAUCACCGGUCUUGACUUGGCCACCGCUAGCCGUGUGUUUCUCCCGAGAUGGAUGAACAUCAUUGUCUACGCCCUCGCGGAGAUUGGCAUCAUCGCGACGGAUAUGGCGGUGGUCAUCGGUACCGCCACCGCAUUACAUCUCCUCAUCCCCAAGCUACCGCUCCUCGCCUGCGUUAUCCUGACACUCCUAGACGUUGUGUUCAUCGUGAUAUUUUACCGCCCAGACGGCUCCAUGCGUGGUCUGCGGCUCUUUGAGAUUGGCGUCUGUUUCUUGGUGCUAGGCGUCGUCGUCUGCUUCUGCAUUCAGCUCUCGCUCAUCCAAAACACCACUGUCGGACAGGUCUUCCGCGGCUACCUUCCUUCUGGCUCCAUCAUUCAGACUCAGGGCUUACACCUAGGCUCCGGCGUCGUCCAGUCCCGCCUCAAAGACUUUGACAUGAAAGAAGGCAACCUCCAGGAACUCCCCCGCUCCGACACGAUGACGACCGUCGACAGCGUCCAAAAGGUCUUCUACUUCCCCUCCAUGGCCGCGAUCAAGCACUGCAUGAAGUUCUCCAUCGCCGAAAUCACCUUCUCGCUCUUCACGUUCGCCCUGUUCGUCAACUCGGCCAUCCUCAUCGUGGCCGGCGCCUCCCUCUACCAGGGCCAGACAAGCCUCGCCUCGGACAUCUUCGGCAUGCACGACCUCCUCGCGAACAGCAUCUCCUCCGCCGCAGGCGUCAUCUUCGCCUUCGCGCUGCUGCUCUCGGGCGUCUCGGCGGGCCUGGUGUGCACCAUCGCCGGCCAGCUCGUCAGCGAGGGCGCGCUCAACUGGCGCAUGAAGCCCUGGCUGCGGCGCCUCGUCACGCGCGUCAUCAGCGUCACGCCCGCGGCCGUGAUCUGCGCCCUGGCCGGGCAGCAGGGGCUGAGCAACGCGCUGAACGGCACGCAGGUGGUGCUCGGCACGGUGCUGCCCGUCAUCACGGCGCCGCUGAUAUACUUUACGAGCUUCAACAAGUACAUGACGGUCGUCCCCGGCGCAGCGAGCUACGGCAGCGACACCGGCGUCGUGCCGGCGCGGAGGUUCAGCACCGUGGGCGUGAAGAUGGCGAACUCGUGGUACGUCAGCGUCGUUGCGGUUGUGAUUUGGUUGGUGAUUACGGUGAUGGUCGUGUCGAACCUGGUCAUGCUGGGGUUAAAUACCCAGAAUUAG